CGGAUUAAUGAUUACGAGUGAGGAAGAAGACGAGGAAGACGAAGAAGAAGAAGAAGAAGAAGAAGAAGAAGAAGAAGAAGAAGAGGACGACACUGAUAAAGGGAAGCGCUUCAGGCAGGCGAGCUGGUACUAAAGAGAGGGUCGAUGCCGUCCUGCUCAAGUGACGCAAACACAACAGAUAAAAGCGCGGCCGAGGGAAAUCUGUGCAGAGGCGACCUGGUUGUAACGCAGCAGAGACCAGAUCCUACAUUCAUCUGAGGCUCAACGUGGAAGCUGUUUGAGGAUGAGGUGUCUUCAGCUCCUUGCCAUCGGGGUUUUCCUGCAGAUACCGGGGUGUUUCCCAUCAUGCCUCAUCGUUGGCUCUGUAGCAAACUGCGCCUUCCAGAACCUGGUUUCGGUUCCCGCCCUCCCUCCUCACAUCACCCACCUGUUCCUGGGGAUGAACCGCAUCGGGGAGAUCAACUCCAGCUCCCUAUCGGGCCUCGAGUGGCUGCAGGAGCUGGACCUGGGACGACAGCGCGUGCAGCUUGUGAUCAGAAACGAGGCCUUCAGCAGACAGAGCCGCCUGAGGAAGCUGCUGAUCGACUCCAACGUGGACCUUCAGCUGGAGCCCGGGGCCUUCGUGGGACUGUCCAGUUUGCAGAAGCUCCACCUGGGUUACUGCUCGCUCGAUGAGUCCAUACUGAAGGGACAGGUCCUGCAGCCGCUGUCCUCCUUGGAGACUCUGGACCUCUUUGGAAACCGCAUAAAGAGACUCCAGCCUGCCGCGUUCUUCUCCAACAUGAGUCACCUGACAGACGUGAACCUCAAACUGAACCCCAUCGAUAGAAUGUGUGAAUCAGAUCUGGUGGGUUUCCAGGGGAAGCACUUCCAGGUCCUCAACCUGGACUCUGUUCGCCUUCAAGCCAUGUUUACUGGUGGAUUUGACUGGCAGGGAUGUGGCAACCCUUUCAGGGGAAUGUCCUUCGAGACACUCGACCUGUCCACCAACGGGUUCAGCGUGAACAUGUCGAGCCAGUUCUUCAGAGCCAUCGAGGGGACGAAGAUCUCCCACCUCAAGCUGUCAGGACACAUGGGGAGAGGCUUUUCAUUCAAUAACCUGCCCGAUCCAGACCGCAGCACAUUCGCCGGCCUGAGGAACAGCUCGCUCCUCAUCCUGGAUCUGUCUAAGAACAGGAUAUUUGCACUGCAGCGGGGGGUUUUCAGUCCACUGAGGGACGUGGUAAAUAUUGACCUUUCCCAAAACAGAGUGAAUCGGAUCGACAGAAAAGCCUUCGAAGGUCUCCAGGGUCAUUUGGCUUCACUGAACCUGUCGCACAACUUGCUCGGGGAACUCUACUCGGACACUUUUGCUUCUCUGUCGAACCUGCGAGUGUUGGACUUGUCUCACAAUCACAUCGGUGCUCUGGGUCACUCUGCGUUCCGUGGACUUCCCAGGCUGCGAGUGUUGGACCUGACAGGGAACGCUCUGCGGGACCUGGGUUUCCCUGCAGCUCUACCGCGUCUGGAUCAUCUCCUGUUGAACGACAAUCUGUUGACACACUCGUCGAUGUGGAGUGUCCCUAGGUUUGCCAGUAAUGUUGUGCAUUUGGACGUUAAGAACAAUAGAAUCACCGACUUAGCGAAUGUUUACACCUUCUUGACUCGGCUGAAACGCCUGCAGCGUCUCUCCUAUGGAGGAAACUCAAUCCGGUGGUGUGUGCCCAGUGCACAAGUUGGUCCCAAUGACCUCCAGGUCCUGGAUCUCCACAGCAGCUCCCUGCAGUCAGUCUGGGCUCAGGGCAAAUGUCUGAAUCUCUUUGACAAACUCGGAAAAGUGAUCGAUCUCAACUUGAACUCUAAUGCUCUGCAGGCCCUUCCUCAAGGCAUCUUCAAGGGUCUCACCUCAGUGGUCCAGAUGGACCUGUCCUCCAACUCCUUGACAUAUCUCCACCCGGACGUGUUACCCAGAACUCUAGCAGUGCUCGACCUUUCCAACAACUUCAUAGCCUCCCCCGACCCUGACGCUUUCCGCUCCCUCAGCUUCCUCGACCUGAAAAUGAACCGAUUCCACUGCGACGCCGACCUGAAGGGUUUCCUGUCGUGGCUGAACAAGACCAACGUGACCUUCCUGAGUCCUGCUCGGGAGCUCAGGUGUGAGUUUCCCUCUCGGCUCUAUAGAGUUCCUCUGUUGAAGUUCACUGCUCAAGUCAUACAGCAGUAAGAGCAGAGGGAGGGAGGUCAGGAAAUGCAAUGUCAGCAAGUUGUCCAGUAGUGUUAGUGCAUGGUAAUUAAUGCUGGUAUAAGUAUUGUAACUGUUGGAUCCAAUGUCAAGGUGUCAGGAAUGUGUGGAAAUUGUAAUACGAGUAAAACCUUUCAAGAAAAUUUAAUAAAAACAUUUUCUUUAUUUAAAGAGGUCUCUGAUAUGCAUUAAAAAAAUGAAUGUGCUUCUUUUAAACUAUUGUAUGAUGUCAUAUAUCAAAUAAAGCUUUUUCUGGCCUCAUCAUCUCAAUGGAAAAACAAAUGAGGAUGUGAUUGAAUAAUAAAGGGAAACAGACUAUAUGUGUUAUAUACAUAUAUAGACACAAAUAAACACAUUUUCUGUUCAAUAA